AUGGAAGGUAAACGCGGCAACGGCAGCGGAGACGGCGACGGCAGAGGCGGCGACGUGGGCGUCAGCAGAGGUACCGACAGCAGAGACGGCGACGACAGAAGCGGCGACGUUUGCGGAAACGGCGACGGCAGAGGUGCUGACGGCAGAGGAAGCGACGGCAGACGCGGCGACGGCGGCAGAGACGGCGGCAGAGACGGCGCCGGUGGCACCGACGAAGAUCAGGGCGGAGAUGGAGACCGGCAGGCCGAGCACAGUGACCGACACGUCGGAGAACCCACCUGGGAGGCCGGAGAUCGAGUCCUGGGAGCGCGGGCCAUGGGAGUGGCCGAGUACAGUGGCGGCAACGGCCGGAAGGCCCUGCCUGAAAGGGCAGGCAUCGUGCCCGGAGCCUCGGACGGUCGCGGGAGCGCAGGCCCGGAUCCGGUUGGUGGGGCGCCGGGUGAAGAAACUGAUCAGCGUGCGGGGAGUGCUGGUACCGCCAGAUGGCGCACGUCGCAGUACAGAAAUCCCGCCCAAUGCCAGAUUCAAAACGAUGGAUGA